UGCAGCCUCCCCGCCAGAGUUAUAAGUGACUUAAUCGCCAUCCCUUUGCUCUUUAGGGUGCCCGAGGAGUCAUUGCCAGGAUGCAGAUGUGCAAUGCAGGAUGUGUGACCAGCCUGCCCACCUUGUUAAUGUUUCUCGCCUCUCCCCAGAGCCCAGGGAAAGCUCCGGAGCGUUCUUGAGACAGAGCGAGAGGCUGAAAUAACAAGCCAUGCCAAGGAAUCUUCUGAUUGUGUCUAAAGGUCAGGCCGAGGUGCUUCCUGGCUUUCUGCAGCCGCACGGUGGGCCUGGGAGAUAGCUUGAUGUGUGAUAAACCCUUAGAAACACGCAACUGCCCAAGUACGAGUUUCCUUCCUCUCCACGCAACCUUUUGUUGCUAAGUUGCUAGCACAAUAGCUUCCACCAGCUUGAUUAGCAAGCCUGGGCUCCAAAAAAGAGCGAUGUUAGUGUAUUCAAGCCUUCCCUUUGUGUAUUCAACCAUAGUUGCUCAAUUUAGUCAUAGAAGUGCGUGUUUUGUUGCUUAUCUCUAUUGUUUUUUGCUUUAGUGCUCUCCAGAUUCAUUCUGGCUGCACACCAUGGAGUGUUUUAUUUAAAUACAGCAUGCCAGCCCAGUUGCCAGGAAGGAAAAUCUGAAGACUGAGGUUGCACAAAACCAUCUAAAGGCAGAAUCUGAAGGUUGUCGGCGUGCAAAGAUGGCUUUGAUAGCAAACUCUUGAAAAACCAGUUUAAGAAGCAUCUUUUUUCGGCUGUCCAGCUUGCAACACCUUGGAGGAGCCCAGACAAAGGUGGAAGGUGAUCAGCAGCAUCCACAACUCAGGUCCUUUCAGCAUCUUUUCAUCCUUCUCUUUGGGGCACCUGCUGAGGUUAAUCUUUGCCAGCAUCUCCCCUCCCGACCCAGGUUUCUGGGACACAUUGAGAGAGAAUAAACCAGGAACUUUACAGUGUUAAUGCUGCUUUUUGCUUUUCCCAGGAGGACAAGGCAGAUGGAAUUCAAGUGUUUCAGGCUCAAAUCAGAACGUUUCCCAAACAGCUGGUUGGGAUCACAUGGUUGUGAGCUGUGAGUCAACAGGGACCGCAGAAAGUCUUCUCUGCAGAGAAGUUCAGAACUCAAACCUCACCAGGAAACGCAGAUCCCAUUGAAAUCUGUGGUAAUUUAGCUAUUAAUUUAUAGUGAACCAGCAUUCACCCAGGAUUUCUGUUCUGCUCGCCAAGUUCAAACAUUGAAUGGGGUCUAGCUUAAAUAUGCAAAGCUAGAAUUAGCUUUACAUUUCAUCUCCUACAAAUAGAAAUUGCAGUUUGCAUAUUAAGUAGAACCGGUGAUGUGUCUGCAGUCUCUGAGCUCCGGCUCCUUCAGCUGGGACCUUUGGGACAAUUCGUUUCUAUUUGAGAUGUACCUGCCUCAGUGUCUGCGUAUCGGAGGAACCUGGGAAGGGAGAACAAAAUGGAAUUCUUAGUGCUUAAUUACAGACAUCUCAUUCUGAAUCUGCUCCCAAUUCUAUUUUGAAUAAACCUUUUUUAGCCAUCUAGAGGAUGGAGCUCCAAGCUUAAGCACUUGUUAGAUGCUCCACGUUAUGAGAUGCCAAAUCCCUUUAGUGUCAAGCAUCUGAGAUUAUUCCUAUCUAUAAUCCUCAUCUGACAGAUCCCAUCCUCUCCAUACACGAGUGGUUUAUUGCUUUUAUAUACCUACCAACUGCAUUUCAACCCUGAGGGUGAUUUUUUCCAAACAACUGUGAAUUUCUAACAUGCAACUAACGGUAUUGCAGGGGAGAGGGAUUUCCCCAUGCUAAGACCUUCCCAUUAGCAAAGAGAAGGAAGUAUUUCCCAUACUAAUGCCCAACAAACAUGCUAUGGUCCUAAUGAGACAUUAACUAGGUGGGAAAUUUGCUGUAACUCCUGUUGGUGCAAAUAUUUGAUGUGAAGCUGGACUUAUCUGGUAAUAUUUCAGAUACAUUCUUACUGCAAACGACUACGCCUGAAGCUUUGUCAUAAAAGCAUCGAUGAACCCAGCUGCUGUUUCCCAUCCCUACUGUCAGAAGAAAAGAGCCAUCGGUCUGUAAAUUCUGGGUUAAAGGAGCCAGCUUCACUUCAUUAUACUAUUACAACUAUAUAUAUAUAUAUCUUUAUGGGCUGCUUUGCUGUGCUGAUGCAUUAUUUUUAAUGACCCCUGUGAAAUUCCACUUCGCUCACAAAGUGGGUUCUCCCAUAUCAGACUGAGUGUUGCUGCAUUUGGUGUUAAUUAGGGCUGUGAUCUAGAGACACAUGAGGCUCUGUGGUUGAUAAAUUCACUUCAAAGACACUAUUUGUAUACUUUUGCACAAUACAUUUUGCACAUUAUGUAGAUAUAUCAUGAUUCUCAUCUGUAAAAGCAAAACAUGUUGCAUAUAAAGCUCUGACUUUUCUAUUGUAUUAGAAAAGAAUUGAGACCCCUGACUAAGGUCAUACAAUGAAUGACACAUAAAUAUAAUGUAGCUUGUGCGUUACAAUUUUUUCAUCUACAGAGGCAGAAAUCCCUGUGCAUAAAACUCAGAUUCUUUUAUUAUAUGAGAAGAGAAUUAGAGAUCCUUGGCAAAAUUCAGCUUUUCAGGCUCAGAGAGUAGCAAACUGAACCCACAAAAUGAAAGACGAGAAAGAAAAGCAGCUUUAAGGCCACCACAAUUAUAACCCUCAUCAACUCUGCCCCAUCAGGCCAAAGUGCGGGCAGGUGUGUCAGUGAUGAGCAGAAGCGUUUGCAGCUGAGCAGCCACUUCAACCAGUACAAAGAGCUGCAACAAAGGAGCAGGAAGGCGUUUUUGGGCAGGGGCAGUUUUCUUAGAGGAGGAGAUAUAGCUGCUCCUUAUCGAGGAGCAGGCAGGAAAGGAUGAAUAUCUGUAUUUUUUAUUUUAACCUGUAGGUGCUAAAGGAAGGAAAACAUGGGCACUCUGGCAUUUUGAUGCUCUGUCGUUUCCAGGAACUGCUGCAGACUUUUGCCUUUUUGUUAACUUUCUGCCUCUUGGAGCUGUGGAUUUGGUGCUGCGUCUCCUCGACCUCCCCUGCUGCUGCCAAGACCUGUGCACGGGCACAAGGAGCCUCCUGUACUGUAGGGCUGCGCUGGCACGUCACGCGUGGGGACAAAGAGCGGUGGUGAGCGCAAGGGUCGCCGCGGUUUGCGGAGCCAAGGUGAAGUUCAGGGCUGGUGCCUGCGCGGAACGGGAGCCGGGCGUGCGGCCCAUCUGCAGAUUGGCAAUGUCAAGUGUGGUGCGGCAAGAGGGUUCCUGCGGGAGCCCCGGAGGCGCAGAGGCAGCUGACUCGGGCAUCAGCCAGAAAACAACCGUUCCCUGAGGCAAAACCACCUCUGACCAACACUGACCCUGUUCAGCACCUAAUCUCGAGGCAGAGGGAAGAAGGAAGGAGCCAGCCCCAGAAUAAGCAGGCGACCCCAGCUCCCUGGUGAUGGCAUGGACCGGACACUUGGCCAGCAGCUGGGUCACCUACUCCUCGGUCCUGUCACCGGCCAGCGUCCCCCCAGUGCCAAGGCACGAGACUGAUGCAGAGCCGCUCUUAGCAACCCAGCCAUGGCCGGAGAUUCUAGGAUCUUCAUGAACCAGGACAUGGACAUUGGAGUGACAUCCAGAGAGCCCAAGAAGAUCCCCAAGCAGGCUCGGGAUGACGUCCCCAUUGCCACCGACCGAACCCGCCUCAUAUCAGCAGAAGGUAAGAAGCCACGUCAGCGUUACAUGGAGAAAAGCGGCAAGUGCAACGUGCACCACGGAAAUGUCCAAGAAACCUAUCGGUACCUUAGCGACCUCUUCACGACGCUGGUGGACCUCAAGUGGCGGUUUAAUCUUCUUGUCUUCACUAUGGUCUACACCAUCACUUGGUUGUUUUUUGGGUUCAUAUGGUGGCUCAUUGCCUAUAUCCGGGGAGACCUGGACCAUCUUGAAGAUGAGAACUGGAUCCCCUGUGUUGAAAAUCUCAGUGGAUUUGUUUCUGCGUUUCUGUUUUCUAUCGAGACUGAGACAACAAUUGGCUAUGGCUAUAGGGUCAUCACGGAGAAAUGCCCGGAGGGCAUCGUGCUGCUCCUGAUCCAGGCUAUUCUGGGCUCCAUCGUCAACGCGUUCAUGGUGGGAUGCAUGUUCGUCAAGAUCAGCCAACCAAAGAAGAGGGCUGAAACCCUCAUGUUUUCUAACAACGCAGUGAUUUCCAUGAGGGAUGAGAAGCUCUGUCUCAUGUUCCGGGUUGGAGACCUCCGCAACUCCCACAUUGUCGAGGCUUCCAUUAGAGCCAAACUGAUCAAGUCCAAACAGACCAAAGAAGGAGAGUUCAUCCCCUUGAACCAAACAGACAUCAACGUGGGGUUUGACACUGGAGACGACAGAUUGUUCUUGGUGUCGCCUCUUAUCAUCUCUCACGAAAUCAACGAGAAAAGCCCCUUCUGGGAGAUGUCCCGCACCCAGCUGGAGAAGGAGGAGUUUGAAAUUGUUGUCAUCCUGGAGGGAAUGGUAGAAGCAACAGGGAUGACUUGCCAGGCUCGCAGCUCCUACAUGGACACCGAGGUGCUGUGGGGACAUCGCUUCACUCCCGUCCUGACCCUGGAGAAGGAUUUUUAUGAAGUCGACUACAACAGUUUCCACAGCACGUAUGAGACCAACACCCCCGUGUGCUGCGCCAAAGAGCUGGCCGAGUCCCGCCGGGAGGGCCAGCUCAUCGCCCACCUCCCCAGCGCCACCCCCCUGAGCACACAGACAACCAACGAGGAAGAGGGCGAGGAGGAAGAAGGCAGAGAGCCAGCAGAAUUCAGUGGAGCCAACGGGACAGCGGGAGAGGUGAAAGAAGAUAUUGCUGUAUAACACAUGGGCUGCCGGACAGUACAUACCCACCAACACUUACCGGGAGACUGUGGGAGGUGACUGGGAGUAGAGAGCUGAGAUUUACAUCCAGAUCUCUGCUGCUCCAUCCUGGCGAGUCGCUGCACAGCACCGUGCUUCAGUUUCCCCUCCCCUCUUAUCUGUACAGUGAGGUUCGGAGCUUUGCGCCUGUUCGCAAAGUGUUUCGACCUCUCUGGAUGAGGCUCACUAAAUAUGAUCACUGUUAAAACUGAAAUUCCCACCACUGGUUGUUUCAAAAUAUGUUCAUUGAAUGUCCAGAACUAUUUCCCCCUAGAGAGGGUAUUUAAAACGUCCAGAAUGUCCCAUGUCAGUAUGAAGAAUGUGGUUUCAUACCUUCACCUAAUUUGUGAGUCAAUGUAUUGUAGACAAUGUUACUGCUAAAUUAAAAGAAGAGGAAAAAACAAA